AUAAUGCGAAAUCCAUUUCAUUUAGUCGAAUUUAGUCCGUGACCUUUAACUGCUUCUGUUGGAGCUUUGUUUUUAACUUCUGGUCUUGCAGGCUGGAUACACGGGUAUUCCUUUUUGACUCUUAGUCUUGGUUUAACUUUGAUUGGUUUUACUAUAUUUCAGUGAUGGCGAGAUAUUAUUCGAGAGUCGACUCUUCAAGGAUUUCAUACAAUACAAGUAUCUAAAGGUUUACGAUGAGGUAUGAUUUUAUUUAUUACUUCUGAAGUUUGUUUUUUCUUUGCAUUUUUUUGAGCUUUUUUUCACAGCAGUUUAGCACCUAGAACCGAUUUAGGAUCCUGUUGACCUCCUUUAGGUAUUCAUGCUUUAAAUCCUUUUGAAGUGCCUUUAUUAAAUACUGGUGUACUGCUUGCAUCUGGGGUUACUGUUACUUGAGCACAUCAUGCGUUAAUAGAAGGAAAUUUAAAAGAGGCUUUGCAAGGUUUAUUGGCUACGGUGGUUCUAGGUGUUUAUUUUACUUUUUUGCAGGCUGGAGAAUAUUAUGAGGCUUCGUUUACCAUUGCUGAUGGUGUUUAUGGUUCUACGUUUUUUGUUGCUACCGGAUUUCACGGCCUUCAUGUGUUGAUUGGCUCAUCUUUUUUAUUAGUGUGCUUGAUGCGUGUUUGGUUACAGCAUUUUUCUACAGGGCAUCAUUUUGGAUUUGAGGCAGCUGCUUGAUAUUGGCAUUUUGUCGAUGUUGUUUGAUUAUUUUUAUAUUUAUCUAUUUAUUGAUGAGGGGCAUAA